AUGGGGGCGGAACAGGGCUACGACGAUAUGGAGGUGACCAGCGACUCUGAGGCGUUCAACUAUGUCGGGGGGGUGCUGCAGUCCGUGCGGAAGGAGGGCAUGAUCUUCAGAAUUUCUAAUCAUCCCCUGGAUAACCACACUAAAGCAGAACCAAGUGAGGAUUUGAGAGUAGGAUCCAUUUUAAUUGACCUAAGGGACAAAGAUCGAUAUGAUUUCCUGCUAGGCCUUGUAGACCCUACCAAGAAACGUAGUAGUGAUGAGGAGGCUAUGUUUGUUACUACUUUGAAGGCACUAUCAGAAGGAGUAUCCAAGAUAGACACCAUGUAUCAUCACGCACUUCUACACAAUAUAUUUACCAUGUGCAUCUGGUACUUAAACAGCUACACAAGGGCUGCGCUUUUGGAUUUAAUAACCAGAUUGGCUGCUGUGGCAGACCAGUACCUCAGCGAAUGUUUGCAGAUGCUUGUGAAUAAUUUCACUCCACCUGGACCACUUAUUCGUUACAUUGAGGAGCCAAGGUGGCUUGCAAAGAAGGAAGAAAUCUACUCUCAGUUGCAAGCGAGUUUGAAAAAGAUUUCUGACACUGUGCCCUUAGCACCAAGGAUGUUAAAGGAUAUAAUAGAUAGGAGUAUGCCAAAGUUGUUUGAUAACAAAGCUAAGAUGGUAUCAUUUGUCGAGUGCAUGUUGGGUCUUGAUGCUGACGUUUGGGACAUCAUUGGACCAUCAUUGUUGGAGAAAGUUGUUUAUCUACUUACGGAAUUGGAUGUUAAUAUAACAUGGGAAGAUAUUCUUCAAGAUGAACACAACAAAGGUAUAUUUGACAUGGAGCUUGAGGAUUUGGAUGAGGAUGAAGAUAACCUUGGUCAAGAAGGAACAAAGGUCUUUUUUGGAGGAAAUGUGUGUGCCGAGAAACUUGAUGGUUUAAUGGUGGUUGUGUGCGAGCACCUCAAGUCACGCGCAGAAGAACCUGAUCGCCUAAUUAAGGAAUUUAACACUUUGAAGGCUAUAUUUAAAUCACAUGUGCUAAGGGUGCACAAAUCCAAAUUUGCACAGUUUAUCAUGUUUUAUGCUUGUUCCCUGUAUCCAGAGAUCUGCGGUGAUGGGUUUGCUGUUUUUCUUGCCGAUAUUUUUAUUGACAAGGACAAAAAGGAGGAUGCAAUAACUAGAAUGUCUGCAGUUUCAUAUGUUGGAAGCUAUCUGUCCCGGGCAAGGUUCAUUUCCGUAAAUAAAGUUGUUGCUGUACUCAAAAGGUUAGUGGAGUGGUGUGGGGACUAUUGUGGCUGUCAGCUGGACAAAGGGGUGACAGCCAAUCCUAUAAAACAUCAACUAUUUUAUGCUAGCUGCCAGGCUGUGAUGUAUGUCCUAUGCUUUCGGUUAAGAUCUAUUAUGGAGUACCCAAAUCUUAAACUACAACUUUUUCAAAUGCGAAUCCAGAAUAUCUUGGCCCACCCAUUGGAGCCAUUAAAGGUGUGCUUGCCUUCAAUAGUGAUUGAGUUCUUGAGACAGGCUAGGGCUGCAAGUCUGUUCCAUGCAUCUGUGAAUUCAACACAUGAAGAUGCGGUUGAAUCUGAUCUAUCGAAGGCAUUUGGAGGACUUAAUAGGCUUGACAUGUUCUUCCCAUUUGACCCAUAUCUGCUUAAAGAGUCUGACAGAUAUAUACGCCCAAAUUUUGAGUUCUGGUCCUUGGUCAAGACGACAUACAGUAACAACAACAGCGACGAGGACGACGACGAGCUUGCCGACAUUGACGCACCCGGAAUGAAUGUGGGCAGCUUGGAUGAUCACUUUGAAAUAGAUUUUAACGAUGACGAUGACAUUGAGUAUUCGAUGAAUAAGAUGUCCAUAACACCGCUCCGCACUUUCUACCAUCCACUGGCUACAAACAGUGAGUUCAGCAGCAUGCCUGCGAGGAUCAGACCUUCAGUGAGCCCUCCAUCAUAG